GCCAAAUGUUGUUAUAAAAGAGCUAUAUGAUUAGCCCAGGCCAAUUGGAAGCAAAGGAAUAGCAAUUAGAGUGCUUGAGGACAAUGUACCAACUCAAGCAAGCUGUGUUGGUAGUCUAGAUCCAAAAGAAGAGGGGAAAUAGAAGCUUUUGGAGUAUCAUCCAAGUGGAAAUGAGCAAAGAAGAUGUGACCAAAGGUCAAGUGGAUGGGGGCAGUCUAGUAUGGGGCAAGGUCCGAGCAGUGUGGGCCAAGGGUCAAGUGGUGUGGAGCAAACAAGUGGACUAGAUGGGUUGAUGCAUUAUGUGGAUGUGAUGGAUUAUUUGCAGUCCUAUGGUGGUGGUUUGGAUUUAGGUAGAUGAAGAAGCAGCGGAAAGUGAAAGAGGCAGUGAUGAUGAAGCAAAAAGUGAGGAUGGGGACUAUAAUCUUGAAUUCGAUGAUGAUGAAUAUGACCAUUAUGGAACUGAUGAGGAUAACUGGUUGGCAGAAGGUGAGAUGGUAAAAGAGAUGGAAGAGGGUAGAAGAAAAAAAGGUUUGAAGGCAGGAAAGAGUAGGGGGUAUGGCCAAGUGUGCAAGAGGAAUUCCUGAACUUUUCUGAUAAUGAGGACAUGUUUAGGGAAGAAUAUUCAGAUGAUGAGAGGUUGCAGUAUGACAUUGAUUCUGAUAGGGAAUUGGAAGAUGUGGGAAUUGAAUUCAAUCCGGCCACAGAUAUGAAACAUCUUGCCUUCAAGUUAAAAAUGCAGUUUGCAACUGUAAAAGUGUUAAGGGAUGCCUUAAGGGAAAUGGCCAUUGAAGGUGGAUGGGAGUAUGUGUUCAUAAAAAAUGAUAAAACAAGGUUGAGGGUGGUAUGCAAGGAGGAAAACUGCCCCUUUUUCUUAUUUUCUUUGAAGAUGCAACACGAAAGUACACUGAUGAUCAAGGAAUAUGUUACUGAACACAAAUGCACAAGAAAACAUGGUUAGGAUGAGAUACUUGACUGCAAAGUUCAAUGACCAAAUAGCACUUAAUCAAGAGAUAAGUCCAGCAAAGACCAUGUCAGCCACCAUUAGAGCAAAGGUUUCAAGGUCAAUGGCUUACAGAGCUAAAAGGGCUACUAUGUUGGAAGUGGAAGGAUCAAUGAGAGAGCAGUAUGCAAGGUUAAGGGAUUAUGGGAGAGAGCAUCAGAGGGUUGAUUCAGGGACAACUAUUGAUAUCAAAUGUGACUACAACAAUCCAGAAAAGAAAUAUGUUUUUAGGAGGAUGUACAUUUGCUUGGAGGCAUUCAAGAAUGGUUUUGAAGGCUAGGUGUAGAUUAGUGGUUGGGUUUGAUGGAGCACACAUAAAGAGUUGUUUUGGAGGUCAACUUCUGACUGUAGUAGCUUUGGAUGCUAAUAACACUUCACGGGUUGUGGGAUAUGCAAUGGUAGAGAUGGAAAGUAAGGAUUCUUGGAUCUGGUUUCUUGAGCUGUUGGUGAAGGAUUUGGUUAUUGACCAUGAAGGAGCAGGCUGGACAUUUAUUUCAGAUAAACAAAAAGGUUUGAAACCUUCUUUUGAGUUGGUUGUCCCAGCAGCCUGAAUUGGAUUUUGUGCAAGGCAUUUGUGGACCAACUUUACCAAGCUGUUUCCUAGUAAAGUAAUGAAAGAUCAGAUGUGGAAGUGUGCAAAGGCAACAACUUUGCCUUACUUUUAGAAAGAAAUGGAAGAGAUGAAGUCCCUAGAUCUGGACGCCUAUAACUGGUUGACAGAUAUUGAGGCUGUUUUGUCUUAACCUAUAUUUAAAUGAGAAUUAUAUAUGUAUGUUUUAACAUGGUUUUGAUGUUGUAUUCUGGCAGAACCCGAGAUGCCUCCUCAACAUUGGUCUAGAGCAUACUUCACAACUAGUAACGAUUGUGAUAUCCUCAUAAACAACAUGUGUGAGAGCUUUAACAGCUUCAUUUUGGAGUCAAGAGGCAAGCCACCUUUGACUAUGUUUGAAGAGAUAAUGUGGGAGUUAAUGAAGAGGAAUCAGAUUAGAAGGAAUAAAAUGGAGGCCUACCAUGGAAAUAUAUGCCCCAAGCCAAGGAAUAUUUUAGAGAAGAACAAAAUCAAAGUUGCAACAGACUGCAUUGCAACAUUCAAUGGUGGUGACAGAGUAGAAGUGGAGAAUAUUGAGGGAUCCAAGAAUGUUGUGGACCUCCUUGAGAGCACAUGAAGUUGUAGGAAGUGGGAUUUGAUUGGAAUCCCGUGUAAGCAUGUCGUUGCUGCAAUAUAUGGGAAGAGGGAAAACCCGGAUGACUAUGUGGCAUCUUGCUACCUGAAGAAGACUUAUCUGAGUAUCUACAAUCACCCAAUACAGCCUAUGAAUAGGAUGGAUAUAUGGUUAACAAGUGAAGAUCAAGCUAUCUUAUCUCCACAAUAUUCAAGGCAACCUGAGAGGCCAAAAAUGAAGAGGAUUAAGGAUGCUUCAGAAAAAGAGAUAAAUGGUGGUACUAAACUUCAAAGAGUGCUAAGAUCCUUGAGGUGUAGCAACUGUGGUCAAGUAGGACACAAUCUGAAAACAAGUCAGAGGCACUUGCCACCAAAGGAAAAGAAGGUUGCUGCUCUUUCUAAGAAGAGGAAGGUGAAUGGUGAACCAGGACAAGGUUUUGAAAAUCAGUCCAAGAAAGGCAAAACAGGUCACCUGACUGCAAAUGAGUUGAGGCAGAAAGCUAAAGAGCUAGAUAUCAAAGGAAAGAGAUGGCUACAUUGAAGGCAUCAAGGUUGGCAACAAACGUGCCUGCUUCAACAAAGGGUAGGCCUAAGCAAGCUACAAGUGCUCCAACAAGCUCACCGCCUGCACAAGCUACAUCUGCCACCACUAAUUCAAGGGCUCCACAAGCUUUUGGGAGAUCAAGCAACAAGGCUGUAGCACCAACAAGGUCAUCUCAGAGGCUUAGACAGAACUCAGGUAAAGAACAUGGAAAAUAGUUAUGUAAUUGGACAAAGUGUUUGCCUGCCCAUCAGAUCAAUUUAGACAUCCUUUUUUGUGCAACCUUUUGCUGUGUCAUUUGGUUGCUAGCUCUAAUAUUUUGAUUAGAUGAUUAGAGCUAUGUUAGAUGCAUACUUGAACAAUUAAUGAAGAUGU